UAAGGAUAAUCCCUUAUCUUAUCUGGUGAUCUAAAUCCCAGAUCCACCCCUAUUUAAUUUGGGGGAAUCGAGUUGUUACGGGACGAGGUGGUAGAAUUGUGUCAUAGAUACGAGAUCCCAGAUGAGUACCAAUGGAUCAUGUAUGGUCCUGGUCGUUAUCAUUGGAAGCAUGGCUCGAAAGGUUUAUGUGUCUACGAAGAGUCUUUGGCGGCUGGCCUUUGCUUUCCCCUUCAUCAUUGUUGUCCUAGUGCACUAUCAGGUGUCCCUAGGCCAGCUCGCUCCUAUUGGGGUUAGGAUGCUGAUUGGGUUAAUCAGUUUGUUUCAUCACCGCGAUUUUCCUCUAAGUAUUGAGGCCCUCUCAGCUUUGGUGCACAUGAAGCGGGUUUCGGGUCCCUUCUGUUUUUAUCUCCCUUUUCUAGUGGGAAUAAAAUUUUUAACUUCCCAAAUAAGGUUAGGAAUUGGAGGAAUCGUUUGUUUUUCCUUGAGAAGGCUGGUGGUUGGGGUUGUAGUACUGCUUGGUACAACUAUCCUCAAAAUGUUCUUUUGUUUGGUAAUCUGCUUUUUCGGCACGACAACCUGCUAUGCCUUCUCCUUGAAGAUCUACUUUUACGAGGUGAUCUACUCCUUCAUUUGGUUCGGUUGGUGCUUGCUUCUUCAUCUGUUCGUUUCCUUUUUCCUAUUGUCUCAGUCCCCCCUCCGACUGCUUCUUCCGCCCUAAAGAAUUCAUGAGCAACUAUGAGGAAUCUUUCCAUAGUAGUUGGAGGGUGGAGUUCUAGCUCCUGUUUUAGCUUUCGGUGCUUAACGCCCUUUUUGGCUGCUAUCAGCUGUAUAGAGGGGUCCAAAUCAGGAUCUACAAUCUUUUCAUGUUGAAGUGUUAGAUGUAUUCUCUAAGUGGUUCAUUAGGCUUCUGGACUAUGUUAAACAGGCACGUAGCUGAUUUUGAGUGUUGUGUGCUCGUGAUGAAUUGGUUGAUGAAGAGUUGGGUGAAUCGGUCCCAAUUUUUUAUGGAUCCUAGGGCCAGUUCCGAAUACCAUAACCAAGCUUCUUCUUUUAAGGUGGUGGGGAACACUAUGCACAUGCUAGCAUCAUUAGCUCCGUGAAGGAGCAUUAGAGCUUGAAAACUAUUAACAUGUUCCACCGGGUUUGAUUUCCCUCGGUAAGAUUCCAAGGUAGGGUGCCCGGAAGUUUCUAGGGCGUAGAGCUCUGAGGAUUUCCGGUGCAAGAGGGGUUUCCCUAGUCAAACCUAGUUGUUCAAAUAAGGUGAUUAUUCUCCCUAUUGCCGCACUACCUUCUCUUGGUCGAGCUUCACCCCCUGCCCGAGCGAGUUGUAUCUUUAUCCCUACACGGUGCAUUCUUUUCUUUCUUCUGGUACCUUCGGCGGAGCUCGCCACAUUAGAUUCAUGGGGGCCUCUGCUUGGCUUUCUGUUGAUCCUUGUUCAUUCGGGGCCGCAAUGUCUUUUUUGUCUGGAGAGUGGAUUUGAGUUCAAUCUACAGCGUGAGUCGAGCUAUUGUGCUAAGCUGUGAGGUCGAGCUGAGAGCUGAAAGGAAAGAGAGGUUAGAGUGCUUGGGUAAGUCUUUACCUAGGAGGACACUCCGAUGCUUAAGUUAGUGAAUAGUUCUUCCAAAGAGAAUGUGAGAGAGAGAGUGAGGGCUUAUGUGUGCCUACCUUUUGGAGUGAUCCUAUGAUCUUUUUAUAGCUACCUCAKGUUCAAGUGCUGUCAGGCAAUGUCUCUGAGCCAUGUACGAAGUUAUUUCCUAAAUCGUGGGGUGUAUUGAUUAGUUGUUUGCUAAAUCCAUGCAGCGGUUACAAGUUGCUUGCUGGUCUGGAGGCGGUCAAAUCAAUGUACCAUUCUCUGUGUUGUAGUUACAGCGCUUAUGCGGGCAUUGUCCGCAGGGCUGUUUCGGGCGUGCUGAGCCUGUCGAAGCAGCCGCAUAUCUGAUGUUGUAGAACAAGCUUGCUCUAGCUUGUCUUCAUACCUAAUGUUGACUGCCGCAUGUCGAGCCGGCGAAGUGGGACGCUGCAUCACUGACAGCGUCCACUUGUCCAUCGUCCAAAAUGCCCCUCAUAAAAAACUAAGCAUCGGAAGAUAUAACAUCUCACGAGACCCCUACAAACAACGCCAAAAGUCAUGAAACGUUAACAAUGAAGGUCAUUUGUCUCCAAAAGAGAACAUAUAUCAGCGAGUAGAAGUCACAGAACAACAAAAUCCAAAAUGCAUCAUCCAAUGGAACAGCUCGGUGUUUAAUAGUGCUGUAAAAAAGUUGUGAAGUAAAACCCCWCCUUUGGCAAUUAAACUUACUAAAAUCCAAUCUUAGACGGGGGCAUGGAGAAUGGUAAGCUCUAAAUAAAUAAAUAAAUCUWUUUUUUGAGAUAAUAAAUAAAUAAAUCUUAAAUCCUUCUUUUAUUUUUACAAUUAUUUUUUUAAGUGCAUUUGUCUUCGCAUUUGCCCUUGCGAAGGAGGGGGCCCAACACGCUAGUUUACCAACAUUGGAUAGAAAAGUCAGAGUCUUGAAAAAUCCAUAGAUGUUUGCACGUGAAAAUGAACAAAAAUUAUGCAGAGCAGAGCGAUAAAUUCUGAACAGAUUAGAGAGGAGAGUGCAUAGUUCUCUCCUUGAUUUUAUUUUCGUUUCCAUGGAGAACACCGAGAGAAACUGCCUACUCUCCCUGCUCGCUCCUCUCUACCUCUUCACCAGUCUAAUAAUCUCCGGCACCGCCUACACUCCGUAUGUUACCACCUAUCAGGUAUUCGUUGACUGCGGUUCCCAUGGAGAGGUGACUGAAUCACAUGAUGGCCGGAACUGGACCGGCGAUUUCGGCGGUAAAUACAAGCCCUACGCCAAUAUCAGGGGAUCAACCUUUGUAGUUUCAGUACAAGGCAUCUCUGUUCCCCAAAUUCCUUACAUGACAGCUCGUAUCUUUCGCUCACACCUCACCUACAAAUUCUCGGACGUCUCUGCUGGUCCAAAAUUUAUUCGCCUCUACUUCUACCCUGCUUCAUAUUCUAAUCUCAAUCAAAGCUAUGCUUUCUUUGACGUUUCCGCUGGUCCUUAUAUUCUCCUCCGUAACUUCAGUGCCUCUCUUACCGCAAAUUUCCUCGACACGGAUCGCUUCUUCAAAGAAUUUGUUGUCAACAUAGAGAGGCAGAGCGAAUUAAUCAUCACUUUCUCACCAACUCCCAAUAUUUUCGAAACACAUGGCUUUGUGAAUGGAAUCGAGAUCCUUUCCAUGCCGGAUAAUUUCUACAUUCGAGAUGAAAUACUCCCUUAUGCAAUUCGGCAGAAUGAUAUUCCUGUCGCCCUUGAGAUGGUUUAUCGAUUAAACGUCGGAGGAAGAGAAGUUUCACCUCAAGAUGAUACUGGCAUGUAUCGCACAUGGUCAGAGGAUACUCCUUACUUUCACGGUGGCCAACCGGGUGUUAUUCCUGUUAAUGCGACUAUCUCGGUCACGUAUACUCCUUCAGUACCUAGCUACACAGCACCAGAGAGUGUCUACCGCACUGCACGGUCGAUGGGAAUGAACAAGUCUCUGAAUGAAAAGUAUGACCUGACUUGGUCUUUUCCUGUUGAUUCAUCAGGCUUCUAUUACCUUUUCAGGCUCCAUUUCUGCGAGUUCCUACAUGAGAUAACAAAGCGUUCCGAAAGGAUCUUUAGAAUCUUUAUUAGAAAUCAAACGGCAGAAGAACGCGUCGACAUCAUCGAGUGGAGCGGCGGAAACGGUAUUCCAGUGUAUAGAGAUCACAUCGUUGUGGGUCCAAAUGGAAAUGAAGGCAAUCAAGAUAUGUGGCUCGCGCUACGUCCCAACUUAGAAGCAAAGCCUUUAUACUCCGAUGAAAUCUUAAAUGGAUUAGAGAUCUUCAAAUUGAGCAAAACGGACGGCGAUCUCUCCGAACCCAAUCCAAUUCCUACACGGAAUUGGUCGUUAUCCCCUACAUGGUCAUCUUCCCGACGCUCAGAUAAUUCAAAGAAACAGAUUUCGUUCAUUGUUGCCGGAGGGGUGGCGGGUGUUGUAGUUAUAGUCUCUAUCAUAUUCUUCUUUUCUUCCCGGCGAGCCAGAAGAGUGAAGAGCAACACUUCAAUACCCCAGUUGUCCAAUCUUUGCCGUCAUUUCUCGUUGGCAGAGAUCAAAGCGGCCACAAACAAUUUUGAUGAGAGAAGAGUGAUCGGUGUAGGUGGCUUCGGCAAAGUAUACAGGGGCUGUAUCGACGGUGGAACCACCUCCGUUGCAGUCAAGCGUGGGAACCCAAAAUCCCAACAGGGAGCCCACGAGUUCCAAACCGAGAUCGAGCUGCUAUCCAAGCUACGUCAUUUCCAUCUCGUCUCCCUCAUCGGCUACUGUGAGGAGCGUGGAGAGUUGAUCCUCGUCUACGACUACAUGGCCCAGGGUACCCUCCGUCAUCAUCUCUACAAAACUGAUAAAUCUCCUCUGCCAUGGAAGCAAAGGCUUGAGAUCUGCAUUGGAGCCGCACGUGGUUUACACUACCUCCAUACUGGUGACAAGUACAGGAUUAUCCAUCGUGAUGUCAAGACAACAAACAUCCUCUUGGAUGAGAAAUGGGUGGCCAAGGUUUCAGACUUCGGCUUAUCCAAGAUGGGGCCCACUGCAAGUAGCUUGUCCCACACUCACGUCAGCACGGCAGUGAAGGGUAGUUUUGGGUAUUUGGAUCCAGAGUAUUACCGGCGGCAGCAUCUAACGGAGAAAUCUGACGUCUAUUCUUUCGGCGUGGUGUUGUUCGAAGUAUUAUGCGCCAGACCAGCGUUGGACCAUAAGCUUCCAGAAGAUGAGGUUUUGUUGGCUCAUUGGGCUCUAUGCUGCUUACACAAUGCGACCCUUGAUCAAAUCCUUGAUCCAUAUUUGAGGGACAAGAUUGCACCUGAGUGCUUAAAGAAGUUCACGGAGAUUGCAGAGAAGUGCCUGGCUGACCGUGGAGCAGAACGGCCAACAAUGGCUGACGUACUGUGGAACCUUGAAUUUGCAUUGCAACUCCAAGAGAGCGCAGAGAAGAUUAGCAACAGUGUUGAUGAUUCGUGCAGAGAUGGAGGAAGAAUUAUCAGUAGCGAAUGUAAUGGCGUGAUGUCCUUCUCUGAAAUCGUAAACCCGGAAGGCCGGUGAUAACGCUAGAAGUUUUUGGCUCCUUUUUCAUUGGACUGAUGACAACAGUGGAAGCAGUAUAAUCUCCGGCCGGCUUUUGCAAGUGGGAUUUGCUUUAAUCUGUUUCAUUGGUCGUGGGGCAUCAAAUGCAUUGCUUGGCCUUUGUACACUCGAACAACGAUUUUGCAAACAAUCACUGGAUGAUGAUAAUAGCUA